AUGACCUCGUCCUACCCUGCACAGUCCACUCCCAUCGACGACCCAGACCAUGGCUGGAAGCCAAACAACCGCCCUCAAUCGACAGUAGCGCGCAACUUCAUGUCGGAGCUUGACUGCCUGUUCAACUUGGACGAAGGCCUAGAAAUGCUCGACAAGACCGUCCUGGAGAAGAAGCAUGCCGUCACCACCCAAACCAGGGAGCUCGAGGCUCUCGAGGCAAGGCUGCGUGCGGCCGAAGAGCGACUGAACCAGGCAAAGGGCAACUCACCGCCAGCCCGCAAGGACAGCCAGCGACGCACUCCAGUCGACGGCUCCUUCUCCGACCAGGAUAAGGCGCGGUUGGAGGAAGCCUCGUCGAGCCCACUCGCACAAAAGUCAUCAGACAUGCCAGGUGCGCUACCAGACACACCGACCCCUUCAUCGACUACCAGUGCUGACUAUGUCCUGGUAGAGAGGCCACUUUCCGCCAAGCCUGAGACCACAUAGCUGCUUCUCUUUGACUACGAUACCACGAUACCCAGGCACUGCGCCCAUGUUCAUCACACAUAUCGGUCUCUGCAAUCGGGGAGACUGCAUCUUGGAAAGGGCAUAUUUUUUUGUAAUCCAUCAACAUGGCAUCUUCACUUCUCGGCAGGCGAUUUUUUGUUAUUUUUUCCCCGCCUUGGGCUUCUGGUGCUGAACACGUCUUUCCUUGGAUUACAUAGCUGAAAAUGCUAUAUCAACCCAUACUCUGUCUUGUUC